AUGGCGUCUGUGGAGCGGCUGGCCGAUCGGGUUCUGCUCCAUGCGAGGUCAACUAUAGGCUGGCAUGCCGCACCUCGAACGGAAGUCCCCACUCCGGCUCCACAGCAGAUUGCAGUGCAACAAAGUGGAGUUGACAGGCUCAUCUCGAGGGUCUUAGCCCAUGCCUCCCGGUCCCGGGGAAGUGAAGCAGCUCCGAUCACCCAGGAGGCAGCGGAGUUGGGAAACACUGGCGGGCAGAGUGCUUCUCUCUUGUCUUCGCCAUUUCUUUCCAGCUUGGACAUCUCAGGAGUUGCUGGUGGCGAUGCGAGCGCUGUGUCGCCCAUCGCCUUUCGACCAGAGCUGAACAGCAGCCAGGUGUGUCACAUGGACUCAGGCUUAAGCGACAGAUGCAGAAAUCACGUGGAGAGGAAUCACUGGAGUUUGUUAUUCAUGGUGGAUGCAGAUCCACCACAGCGGGUCAACCGCGCCAAGUUCAAGCUGCCGGACAGCCGGAAGAAGGAUGUCACAAAGCCGCAGGAGAAUCGCAGCAAACCCAUUUGCGCAACCAGCCCACCAGCCACACCAAGCACCAGCCCCAGCUCGGCACCUGAAGGUGGCUCCCAAUCAACUGCGCCGCUACCGGUAGUGACGCCUCUUCGCAACCGAGCAGCUGCACCAAUGUCAGAGCCACAGGCAGGUGUCCCUGGUGUUUUGACUGGGAAGUUGAUUUGCUUUGCUACAGAUUUGCAUUCCGUACUUCAAGCAGAAGCGGAACGCAGAGUAGAAGCUGCUGGAGGAAAGAUAGGACCAUCUGUUGGCCAACGAACUUCAUACCUAGUGCUGGGAGGAAAGAUGCCAGAUGGAAGGCCUGCAGAAGAAUCAGCGAAGUACCAGAGGUUCUUGCAGUUGCGCAAGCUCGGCAAGGCCACGGCCGAAGUCCUUACGGAGGCUGACUUCCUGAAGAUGUUGCCAGCCACUGGAAGUAUCAGUGCGGCCAGCAGUGCCAAGCAGCCUCCCAAAACCGCAGUAGACCCAGCUCCUGCUUCACCUGAGGAGAAGCCACAAACACCCUUCAACUGGGUAGAUAUUUUUGCUCCAUUCCAAUUGAACCAGCUCAUAGGCAAUGGUUCUACCACUCAGCGCCUGGCUGAUUGGCUUCGUGACUGGGAAGAUGUGGUUUUGCGGGGGCGCAAGAAGACGGCUUCACCCUCGCGGCCCGGGAACUUUGAGAAUAUCAACGUCGGGUCCACAGAGCGUGCAGGCAAGGGCAGCCCUGGCCAUGGCCUCAGGCUGCGUCCCUGCCACCAGCACCAAUUUUUCGCAACCGAGGUCAGUGGCCCUCCUGGGAUUGGCAAAACCACCACCUGCCGCCUGGUUGCUCAACUGCAUGGCGGCUACGAGGUCUUGGAAUACAAUGCAUCUGAUGCGCGGGGGCAAAAGGUGAUCCAGGAGAUGGCAGAAGGCAUUGCUCAGAACUCCACCAUUUCCUUUUCAGGACAAGAACAUGGAAAGAGGAAAGCUGUGAUCAUCAUGGAUGAAGUGGACGGCAUGGGUGCUGGUGACAAAGGUGGCAAUGCAGCUCUCAUCAAAAUGAUCAAGAUGACCCGGAACCCAAUCAUUUGCAUUUGCAACGAUCAGCACGGGCAGAAGGUCCGAAGCCUGGCUUCCCAUUGCUAUGACCUGAAGUUUUCCAGACCCUCGAAGAAAGAGGUGGCCCUGAGAUGUGCGGAGAUCGCCAGGCGACAAGGUUUAAACAUCGACAUGGCUUCCUUGGAGGCUUUGGCGGAAUCCUGUGGCAGCGAUGUGCGGGUGGUCUUGAACCAGAUGCAGAUGAUGACAAAAGGCCAUAAAUUUGGAGGCAAAGAUCAAGAAGUCAUGCUGACUCCAUUUGAAGCGUGCCGUAAGUUGCUGAAUGCCUCAGAGGCCCUGCGCCACACCUUCGAAGAUCGGCAAAACAUGUUUUUUGUGGACUACUCCAUGGUCGGACUGUUGGUACACGAGAAUUAUCUUCGAGCAGUUGAGAGGAAACCAGCAAGUCUGGAGGUCUUGAAUCGCUGCGCUUACUCUGCUGACCUGAUGACGGUGGGCGACAUCUUUCAGCAGCGAAUGCAUACUGAGCAGGAGUGGAGUUUGCUGCCAGACUGUGCAGUAGUCUCCUGCGCUUAUCCAGCCUAUGUGACCAACGGGAUUCUGGGCUAUCCCGGGUUUCCAGCCGCCCUUGGCAAAGUGUCAUCUCUCUCCAAGUCCAGGCGACUUCUGAUGGAAUUGCAGUUCAACCAGCGACGCAGACGCACUUGCGGCUAUCCUCAACGGUAA